AUGCCGACUGCAACGCCACCAAGCUCCCAACCAUCCUCUGCUUCCUCACGGGGGCUUCGGACUCUUCGGCACGACGACCGCGUCGCCAUCUACGAAUCACUUCUUGAGAGCAGUUCUAACGGUCGCCUGCCACGAGGAGCCUUCGUUCAGCACGCUCAGACACACCAAUGUCACUGGAAGACGAUUUCACGCGUGUGGACACGGGCACAGGAGUCUCUUCGCCGUGGCAGCCUGACGGCUGACGUCGCCUCAAAAAUCCGCGAAAUCAAGAUGGCUGUCCAGGGGGUGGACAUGUAUGCUCGACAAACGCUCCGGGCGCUUUGGGCUCACAGCGGGAUCCCCAAAACCACCCUCGUCCAACACAUGCGAGACGAAAAGAAUCUGCGGGCAAGGGCCAGCUACGUUCGCCCUCACCUCACGGACGCCAACGCUGUCACAAGGAUGAAGCACGCGAUGAGCUUCCUCCAGCCCACGUCAAGUGGGAACCAAGUUUUUGCCGACAUGAAUUCGUACAUUCAUGUCGACGAAAAGUGGUUCUUCUUGACGAAGGUAAAGAGGAAGUUCUACGCCUAUUCAGAUGAAGUUGUCCCUGCAAGCCGUGUCAAGUCGAAGAGGUUUAUCACCAAGGUCAUGUUCCUGGCCGCUGUCGCACGGCCGCGAUAUGAUUUCCAGAAGAAAUCAAUGUUUGAUGGCAAGAUCGGGAUCUGGCCCUUCGUGGUACAGCUGCCGGCCCAGCGAAACAGCAAGAACAGAGUGAAGGGGACGAUGCUGACUGUGCCUCAAAGUGUAACGUCGGACGUCUACCGCGCGAUGAUUUUGGAUAACGUCGUGCCAGCCAUUAAGGAAAAGAUGCCAAGGAACGGCCAGGGCGGUACGAUCUAUAUGCAGCAGGACAAUGCGAGUCCCCACAAUGGUGUGACUUCGAAGAUGCUUUUGGAGCGAGGUGUACAAGGAAUUGUCACUAUCAACCAGCCACCCCCCGAGUGAGCCCAAUCAGCC